AUGGGUCUCGAGGUGGUCCCGGUCCUCGGGGGGCUGGAGUCUGCCGCUGCUCUGUUCGCGGGGCAUGGGGUGGGCGUGAUGGUGGGCGUGGCUACCGUACUCUGGUCGACGGUGCUGAAGACGCCCAUCUCGGAGUCCUCGGGCGCCAUCAAGAGCGCCGCCGGCGUGGCGGGGUCGGUCCUGACGUUCCUCACCGUCACCAUGCUCGGCGUGAGGACCUACACGGCCGGCCCGGACACCCGCUACAUUGACUCCUUCCCCACCGGCAUUGCCCACCCGGAAGGUUGCACCAGGGUUGCCGAGACCGGAGGCAACAAGGGCAUCGCCGUGCCUACGUUCAAGGCCAGCGUGGAUGAAGUUCAGGCGAGCAAGCUCUACUACGGGGGCGGUUGA